AUGGCGCGGGCCUGGGCGGGGGGUGCGGGGCGGCGCGUUGCGGGGGCGCCAGCCUCACAUCUGGGCCGUGGCCCCCGCCCACAGGAAGGAGCCCCGGUCCACGCACUGGUACAGCGGAUCCACGAGCUCCAAGCUGAGCGCGCGCAGGCUUUCCGCCGGCUGGAGGAAGCCCACCGCCAGUACGUGCACAGCGGCCCGAACUACGACUUCCCACGCUACCGGGGCUCAGUACACGAGGUGACCCAGGCCUUCGCCGCCGCCUCCCGGGAGGUUCUGGCUCUGGAGGCCGAGCUGGCCGGGCCCCGAGGGCAGCCGCUGCUCGCCGGACACGUGCGCACCCUGCAACAGCUGGAGCAAACUCGCCUAACCACUGUGGCCCUGCUGCAGCUGAUGGGGGCACCGGAGCUGAGGGAACAGGAAGAUGCUUCACAGAUGCAGGAGCUGAAGAUGAAGGUAAUUAAAACCAUGGAGGCAAUCAGCGAAGUUCUCCAGGACCUCAGGUUUGAUGCGGAGUCUGCAGAGUGAUCGACUCCCCAGGGACACUCCGAGGGAGAUGGGAAACGCAGAGAAUGGCGCCCAGCCCGACCUGACCGCCAGCUGGCCGGGUCGUGCCCCACCGGGCUGCUAACCCCCUCCCUCCCGUCCCAAUAAAAACUUUUCUGUCUGCA